AUGGACCCCAGAGCCCUCUGCUUCCUGUUCUGUUGCCUGUUCAUCUGUGUCAUUUCAGCUGACCUCCAGGGGCGUGGCAGAACCACAAAGGCUCAGAAGAAGGAGAAUGUCAAAGCAGCCCGCGCCGGUGGGGGGAGGCCCUCAGGAGGCCCAGGCGGGAGAAAACCCAAAUCAGACGGGAGGCAGAGGUCCCUGCAGAUGAAGACACCUGUGGAGGCUGCAACUCCCAGCCCACCGGCCCCCUCCAUCCUGACCCAGGCGUUAGGGAGGGGUCGCUUCCAGAAGGUGGGGGACUCCCUGAGCCUGAGGGCUGGGGAGUCCCUCGAGCUGCGCUGCCAGGGAAAGGUGGUCCACUGGAGGGUGCCUGUGUACCUGGAAGAGGAGGGUGAGGGACGGCUCAGAAUCAGGCACUUCAAGCAGCAUAGCCGGUUACAGCUGGUGAACUCCACGGGCGCAGACACGGGGGAAUACAGCUGCUGGGCUCGAGCCUGCGAGGACGCCACCUGCCCGGGAGACGAGGGCCGCCUGGGAAAGACCUUCAUAUUCUUCACAGACCCAGAAGAGCUCUUUGUCCCCACAGAGAAUUAUUAUGAAAUGGUACAGUUACGCAGCCAUCAACCAGUCCUGCUUCCCUGCCAGGUGACCAACCCCCAGGCCCAGGUGACGCUGCAUCGAGAGUUCCCCCCAGAGGAGGUCCCAGUGGAUGGGACAGAUAUCUCCUUUGAUGUGAAGAAAGGCUUCACCAUCCACCGGCCCCGAGCUUCCUUGGCUGGCUCCCUCUUCUGCUUGGCCAGCCUAGGAGGCAUGAGACAAAUCUCUACCAAGUACAUGCUGAUCUACAUCAACUACCCAUCUUCAUCCCCCAAACCCUCCAUCCAAGCUUCGGCAACAUCAGUCCGACUGGGAGAGAACUUCAGUGUGACCUGCACAGUUCUGAGUGAGCCGGAGAUCGCGGUGGACUUCAGUUGGGAGUAUCCAGGGCAGAAGCUGGGCCGGCCCCCCUACGUCAGUGAGCGGGCGGACGUGGUCCACCGCAAGGGCCAGGUGCAGCAGAAGGUGGGAAGCACCCUGUACGUGGAAGAGGCCCGGGCUGGGGACGCUGGCACCUACACCUGCCGGGCCACCAACCUUCAGGGCACUGGGACUGCCACCACCCGCAUCCGUGUGAUCCGAAGCCCUCGUGCCUCCCCUGCCCCUUCCUAGCUCCUUCGCUGGCUGCAGAGCAGCGGGCAGAAGCGGGAGUGGGUCACUGUGUGAACUUGGGUGUUUUUUAUGCCAAGAAGGCGCCCCAGGGGGCAGAAAGAACCUCAGCCUUCAUCCCUGACAC